AUGUCUCAAUUUUGCAUUCUUAUUCUUGUGAUUGCGGGUGCUAGCGCACGUCCGACGACUUAUUAUUUAGGGAGAAAUAAUUAUGGAUUUGAAGUGGCGUCACUCAGCGAGCCAUUAGCAGCUGGAAGUGCACGUGUGGAUAUCGGAAAGCUUCCGAAAAAUUCGGCGGGUAAAACUGAAGAGUCGGGAUACCACAAAGAAUUCGGAACUGACGCAGACGGCGAAAAGGGCUUCGAAUCAGGUACUUAUGCCCAUGGCCAAAAUGGUUACAAAGAACUUGACACAUUCCACAAACAAAUUGGGGAUAAAUACGGAUUCGAAGAGCAUUCAGAAUUCGGAUACGGUAAGGGACAAGAAUCUGGUGGAGAACAAGCUCAUGCUCAGGAGAAGAGCGACGAUGCCGAGGAAGCAGGCACAAGCGCCGAGUCAUAUUACGUAGGUGGAAGCUCCUCCGGAGAAUACUUGGGCGGUGGUGACAUUUAUUCUGGUGGAGAUGGUGGUAAUUAUAAUGAGUAUUCUACUGGAGGCAGUGGCGAAGGCGCAUAUUCCGAGUCUAGCUCCUACUCGACGGGCUCCAACGACGGCGAUAAAUCAGGCAGUGGUGAAUAUUAUUACUGA